AUGCACGAGAAGCACGGGGAAUUCGUGCGUGUUGGCCCGAAUGACAUCUCAAUCGUCAACCUAGACGCCAUCAACAAGAUCCACGGACCACAGACAAAGUGCACUAAGCGCAACACUGGAUUCUACAACGCCUUGAGGACAAAGGGCGAGUUGAACUUGGAUUCCCUUUCGCACAACGAGGUUCACCGCGACAGACGUAAAGUCUGGGACCAGGCUCUAGGAAGUAAAGCUCUUGAAAGAUACGAAGAAGAAACCCGCACCGUCCUCCGAACCUGGCUUUCCCGCCUGGAUGAAGUCCAAGGGAAGCCCAUCAAUGCGUCGCACUACGCAAAACUCAUUCCCUUUGACAAUAUGGGCCGCGUAGGCUACGGCCGCGAUUUCGGCACCGUCAGAGAUGGCCGGGAAGACAGGAUGCUUGACCUCAUUGAGACAACUUUCAAGUUGGGCUCUCGACUGGGGCAGACGCCUUGGCCGCUUGUGUUUUUGGCGAAGUUGCCGCGGAUGGGGAUGCAGAGGGAGUUUGAGGAUUUGGGGGUUCGGCUUGUUGAUGAGAGGAUUGCUGUUGACUCCGAUGAGUCGCACGAUAUGUUGAAGUACUUCCUCGACGACUAUAAGUCUGAGAAACCCAAGUCCUUCUUUAACGUCAAUAUCAUGUAUAGCGACUCUCAAGCUAUCCUUAUCGGAGCGACAGAUACAAUCUCCUGCACCCUAGGGUACGCCUUUUACUACAUCGCCCGCGACGCCAGACUCCGCCAGCGUCUUUACGAGGAGAUUGCGCCCAUGCACUCCAAGACUCUGGAGGGAGAAUUCGCCGUGACGGACCUCAAUAAGCUUGAGCUGCUCGAGGCCGUCAUCACCGAGACCCUGCGGAUGUAUGAUCCUGCGCCAAUCAACGGGCCCAGGAUGGCUCCGCCGGAGGGGGUGACGAUUGAUGGGACGUACAUCCCCGGAAACGUGACUUUGUAUACCCCGAUACACUGCUAUCAUCGAAGCCACAAAUAUUGGAGGUAUCCCAACGAGUUCGUUCCCGAGCGCUGGACGACUCGUCCGGAACUGAUCAUUGACCGCAGGGCUUUCUUGUCCUUCAGCUAUGGUCGAUACGACUGUGUGGGAAGGCGUCUGGCCUGGAACGUCCUCCGCCUCACUAUCGCCUACACUCUUUGGAACUAUGACUUCGAAUUCGCCCCUGGGGAAGACGGCAAGACUUUCGAAGAAGAGGCUAAGUUCCAGCUUAUCAUUAAGCCUGCGAAGUUGACCUGUGUCUUUACGAAGAGGCCCGAGACUCGGAUGUAG